AUGUUAGCGAGAACGAGAAUUAUUGCAAAUAAAUUAAAUAGAUUUUAUAGCGAAGGAACAACUCAGAGUCAUGGUACAGGCACAUCAUCUGUUCCUCCAUCACAAGCUCCUAAAGUAAAUACCGAUGUACCUGGACUCAGCAAUGCUGUCAUUCAUCAAGCAACAGAGCUUUUGGGACCUGGUGUAGACCCUAACAAGAGCGGCCCUUACAAAGUACCUGAAUAUUUCUGCUACGACAAUAUGAGUUUUUUUGAAGCUGAGAUCGAGAUGUCAAAAUUCAGAUUGCCACAACCUUCUGCCAUUAAAAAGUAG